UGAACGCUCCGCAUGCGGGGCAGGAGGGCUAGACAUGUUCGCAACCAGUAUCGCAUAAUCUGAACAAAUUUAGAGAUUCCUCUCAUUACGGUGCCUGGAAAUAAUCCUCCCCUCUGUCCACAAAGUUGUGGGGGGGUUUGCUCACAAGAUGAGCCUCCUUAACUGCUUAACUCUGGAGAUUUUAAGAGGAAAACUACUUCUAAGUAACAUGCAUUGCAAUUGCUCCGAAAGUGCAUGUUUCAGAACGGAAGUGUAGGUUUUAUGAAAGGUUUCCGGAGCGAUCAAAAGAGAAUUUGAAUGCUUGUAGCUAUUAGGCUUCAACAGGAGAAACUGUUAAGGAUACGCCAUAGGGGCGUUGGAAAGCUGGAGUAAAGAGAGAGACACGGAGGAGAAAGGGAGAGAGAGGAAGGAGAAAUGCGGUGGGCAAGGUGAGGUGAGAGGAGCGGUGGUGAGAGCGAGCUCAGAAAAUGGGUCCAAAACGUGCAGGCAAGGGAAAGGAAGAUGCUGUGGCCAAGCGGCCAAGGAAUGUCAUGUCCCUGGAGGACAAAUUCAAAGUCCUGGACUGCCUGAAGGAGGGCCAAAGCAACAGUGCAGUUGGAAGAUUGUUCAGGGUCAAUGAAUCGACCAUCCGCAGCAUCAAGAAGAAUGAGGAUGCCAUCAGAGGCAGUGUUGCCAGUGGGACCCAGUCCUCUCUCAAGGUUUCAUUCAUGCCACGAGACCCCAACAUUGAGAAGAUGGAGAAGGCCCUGAACAUCUGGAUGGAAGAUCAGGCACAGAAAAAGGUCCCUCUCAGCACCCGCAUGAUCUGCGUCAAGGCGCGGAAGAUCUACAGGCACCUGGUGGAGAGCUCUGGAGAGGGAGACCCUGAGAAGUUUCAAGCCAGCAAGGGCUGGUUUGAGAACUUCAAGAAGCGCUUCAGCUUGCACAAUGUGAAGCUUGUUGGGGAGAUUGCCUCUGCAGACCAGGAGGCUGCCACCACUUUUCCUGCCAAGCUGAAGAGGCUGAUUGAGGAGGAGGGCUAUGUGCCCGACCAGGUCUUCAAUGCAGACGAGACUGGACUCUUCUGGAAGAGGAUGCCUAACCGCACCUUCAUCGCCAAGGAGAAGAGAAGGGCUCCAGGAUUCAAGGCUGCAAAGGACAGGCUGAUAGUGGCUUCUGCCGGGCGACUUGGCGGCGAGGGCUUUGAAGACAUCCAGCCAGCUGAAGUUACUGAGCUUCUGGAGUCACACUCUGAGGAGCUCACAGAGCAAGACCUGGAGGCCCUGAUCAAAUCCUCCAGUGAUCAGGAAGAAGCUGGUGAGGAAGAGGAAGACUGCAGGGCCACAGUCAAGUUGACCCUUGAAAAGAUCAACAGGUUCCUCAAACAUGCCUCAGAGCUGGCAGAUGAGGCAGUGGAUAUGGACCCCUUUAUGCAGCGUAGCCUGACAUUCAGGCGGGGACUGAAUGAACUGAUUCAACCCUACGCAGAGGUCCAAAAGGACCUCGGGAAGAAGAUGGCACAGCCAGCCCUCCUGAGAUUUUUCAAGAGAGCACAGCCUGGCACUCCAGAGCAACCAGGGCUGUCCCUAACGGGGUGCAGGGCUGGGGAUAAAUCAGCAUGUGCAGGGCCCCCUUAACAUUUCAAUCUAAUAUGUAUAAUAUGUAAAACACAGACACAAACAUCCAUAGUUUAACACAGCUGCAUUUCAAAAUUGAAUUGUCUUACAAUAAAAAUUUCAUUUGAAGGAAGACACUUGGAUUCCCAACACUUAACUCAAAGUUGGAUGAUGGCCACUGAGUGUAUGGUUAUAAUUAUAUGUUGGAUAAUUUGUGGAAAAUGCAGUCAUACUUCCUAAUGACCUACAGGUACCAAAAUUUGCAUGAAUAAUCCUGCCACUGAAAUUAGCUGGAUGCACUACUAUUUACACCAGAAUAUGCUGGGGGGGGGGUGAGGUUUAAAUAUCAUUUUGCUUGUAUUUUUUUAGAAGAAAUCCUCAAGGUAACUAUCAGAUUUUAAAUGUCAUUAAACAGAUGUUCACCACUCAAUAAUCAUCAGUAAUUCCAAAACCACAUCAUGCCCCAAAGAAGCAGAUCUUGCCCCAAAGAAGCAGAUUCACAUUUACCAUAUAUGGCCAUUAUUCAAUAAAAUGAAAAAGAUUUGAAGUUGAAUCCUACAAAUUUCAAACUGUUCUUUUACUUCCCUUUUGCAAGCAUGUUAAUUUUAAAAAAUGAAUUACCUAUAUUUAAAUCCUCUAUCACUGCAAUCUACACAAAAUGACUUUGCCCAAUCAACAACAGGCCUUGCCUACUAGUUGAAUAUAUUGGACAGAAACCCAGAUAUGAUAGUUGCUCCUGUCUUUAAAAUUGAUAGUAAAACACUCUGUGAAGCAUACAAGUGUAUUGCUUUGCUUCUGCCACAAAAGCAGGAAUACCGUGAAGAAAAAUGGGCACGAUUCAGUAAAACUUGUACACUUUAUGCACUGAAAUUAUUUGUGUUUACCAUUUUUGUUUGACAGACAAGAAUAUCAAACUCAGUUAUCCCAAAAACUCGAUGCAAAAAGUGG